AUGGCCAUCAGAAUCGCAGAUUCGUCCUCUUCCAGCCCCUCGCGGCGACCAUCUCUGGGCCUUUGUCCAGAACCGGACCGAAAAGCCUCUCUCCCCCCUCCGAAGCUGAAGAAGAAAAAGGCCAAGCAUAGCAUGUGGCAUCGCCUGGGCUUGCGCAAGUUGCUAGGCCGUGAACAGCGCGAUACUUCCUCUUCCUGCUCACCUUGUCAAUCCCGUCCUCAAUCCUAUCCCGUCUCCGGCGCUUCCUCUCCUGAUACUACGCCCAAUGGCAGCACCGCCAAUGUCAAACCCCAUGAAACCAUGACUCGCAGAUUGACGCGCCGAGUCGGUGUCGGCCUGCCUCGUGCCACCACCUUCAAACGCCAGGUCUCCGAACAGAGAGAUCGUCUGGAACCCUUCGAGCCGCCCGAACCCCGCCGUGCCGCGUCCGCCGACCGUCGCCGCCCAGUCAGUUCUCAGACCCAGGGAACCAAAACUCCACAGUCCGCUCCGGGCCCGCGGACGUCCGCCCCCGAAAUGCAAUGGCGCGAGCAAGGCGAAAAACAUGGAGAGGGAGAUGGCGCAUCAGCGGCGAUAGCAGAAGCUGCAGAGGAAACAGAGACUACGGCGCCAACAGAAAAAACAACAGAACCGGAGGAAGCAACAGAGCGAACCAUGGUUGAUGAAUCUUCCGAAGCAAAUCCAAAUCACCCUAACCAUACAGAGGACGUUGAUGAUCGUAGCGAUCCCCGGUCCGAGCGGAGCCGUCGUCCCCCGGGACCAGACCCAAACAUGGAGACAAUAGAUUCCGCGGAGGAGAGUCGCAUUAUCGAAAUGGAGCUGGAGAAGCGAUGGAUCUUGAACCUGACCAUGCACUUCCGUGACCGCUCGCGGCGCGAGAAAUUGUUCGUCACCUAUGCUGAGACCCCUACCCUCUGGCGCCGGGUCACGAUCUCGUGCGACUACCGGAGUCCAGAGCCGGAUUCGCUUGAACAGGAUCUGAGUGAAAUGUGGAACCAGAAAGACCGCUGCGCGCGCAUCUACGAAUCGCUCCGCGAGUCGCUGGCUGAGAUCCAAUUCUACGACACGGUUACGAAUCUCAAGUUGGAGACCCGCGAUGGCCGUCUGCACGUGCAUGUGACAGAGGAUGUGAACGAAACCAUUGCCUAUCCCGCGAUUUUCCAUAUUGGGCAUUUGCCAGGAAUCAAGCUUGUCUCCGAAGACCGCUUACAUUUUGUGAGGCAUGAAUCUGGCUUUGUCUACCACGUAGAAUUGAAUGGUCGUUCCUUCAUCAAAAAGGAAAUCCCCGGCCCCGACAUGGUUGAUGAGUUUCUUUACGAGAUCAACGCCCUUCACGAGCUCCUAGGCGCGCAGAAUGUCAUUCAGCUUGAGGCUAUUGUGGUGGAUGAGGAGCGCCAAGUUAUCAAGGGUCUGUUGAUCGGCUACGCAGACAAGGGAGCUUUGGUUGACAUGCUCUAUUACCGCGACGGCAAAAACACCAUCUCCUGGAAGCGGCGGGAACGCUGGGCGAAGCAGAUUGUCCAGGGCUUGGCUGAGAUCCACGAAGCCGGCUUCGUGCAAGGAGACUUUACCCUGUCGAAUAUCGUGCUAGAUGCCAAUGACGACGCGAAAAUCAUUGACAUCAAUCGCAGGGGUUGUCCUGUCGGCUGGGAGCCGCCGGAGAUUGUGGCUAAGCUCGAAAGCAAGCAGCGCAUCUCCAUGUACAUUGGUGUCAAGACCGAUCUUUUUCAGUUGGGAAUGACCCUGUGGGCCAUCGCAACUGAGAACGACGAACCCGAACGACAAUGCCGUCCAUUGCUCCUCCCUGAUGAUCUGCAAAUCCCAGACUACUAUCGAAGACUGGUAGCUAUUUGUAUGAGCCCAUAUCCCCAACAAAGACUCUCGGCCAAGGAGCUCUUGACACUAUUCCCACCCUUUAUUCCUCCAACAUCGCACGCACUGCCGAUGGUGUACUACCCCCCGCCCACAGGUAUGGGCGUCGGGCCACGCACAAGCCAUCCUCAUCCUCAUGCUCAUCCUCCUUUGGAGAACGGGUUUGCUCAUCUUCAUUCGCGGGCUGGUUCCGCCGAGGAGAACCCGCAACCUCAAUCCCCGGGCCAACAGCACCCACAGGAUGAUGGGUACUCAUCCAUGAGCCGCCAGUCUCAUUCUGACACCGGGCCACGUCGUGUCAGUUACAUCCAGUCUGAUGGCGAGAAAACGCGGCCCGGGUCUCCAGAGGCCGUCGAGGAGGAAUCGAAAGCCAUCGAGGCUUCCAUGCAGCUUGUCCCUCGGGUAGAUCCGUUGGAUUUCCUGAGAAAACAGGCGGCGAAUACAGAUGCAAAUACGAAUAAUACCAACAACAGCAACAACUAA